AUGGCCGACACGGAGUUCGAGGAGCUCCGGCAGAACCUGGACGCGCUGCCCACGUUCCGGAAGGCUCCGGCCCCGUUCUACUCGCUGGUGGCCGACGUAGAUCUGGACGAGGACACACCAUCGUCUAAGAGCGACGCAUCGUCGGAUCACGAAGAAGAUGGCCCAUUGUCGGUCAGCGACGGUACGAGUGCCGAGUCAGUGCUCAAGGGAACACCCAGCAAGACGCAGCAGAUCAUUCAAACCAUCAGCACGAUCAGCAGUGGCAGCAGUAGCACGGCUGAGGACGACGAGAUUGGCGAUGGAUUGCGGACUGUGACGCUUGGUCCGGCGCGGCAGUCCUCGAUCGGGCACGGUGUAGUCCCUGAGGACGAGCUGCUGGUCGUGUCGGCUGGUUCUGGGCCGGAAAGUUUGCUCCAACUGCAAUUGACUCAGCUUGAAGCGGCGAAAGCUACCAUUCCGGGAGCAGGAGGUCCACCUGAGCAUGUGGAGGUGCCAGUUGUCGAGGCGCUAGGUCAUGCUGCUCCGGUUGCAUGUUCGGGAGCGGCACUGGCACGAACGAGCUCGUUGCCGUGGAUCCCUGGGCAGGUGGAAAGACGAAGGCGCAAACUGCCGGAGAUUCCGAAAAAUCGUAAAUCUUCCGUGCUGCAGGUCCUAGCCGGCCAGACGUCCCUGGCGGACGAGCUGAACGCAAGCCACCGGAGGCCACCGAGUCACUAUCCUCAUGCACCUCAGCAGCACCCGCACACCGGUGCCACCAGCGCCACCUUCUUCAAGCAGAGCUCUCUGCUCGCCCUCAAGUGCAGCUAUCUGCUGGACGAGGACUCGAGCCCGGAUUCCGAGCGGUUGCAAAGUCUCGGCGACGUCGACAGUGGCCACAGUACGGCCCAUUCACCGAACGACUACAAGAGCAUGUCCCCGCCGCCACCACCGUUGCAGGCCGCCUCACCGGUCACGUCACCCUUCCCACCACCGUACGGGGGUGUGCCCUUUAGCCAGCUGGAGAUGCUGGAGGCCACACACCGGGCUCUGCACAAGUUUGUGCCGCGGCAUCACGAUGAGAUCGAGCUCGAGAUCGGUGAUCCGGUGUACGUGCAGAAGGAGGCCGAAGAUCUGUGGUGUGAGGGUGUCAACCUGCGCACAGGUCGGCAGGGUAUCUUCCCGUCAGCGUACGUCGUCGAUCUGGACUAUAAUGACUUCGAUCCGACGUCGGUUGAGAUGAAGCGAGAGCGCUAUUUGCUUGGGUACCUCGGUUCGGUGGAGACGAUGGCUCACAAGGGUACGGGUGUGGUGUGCCAGGCCGUGCGGAAGAUCGUCGGCACUGGAUCUGAGUCACCGAAGGCUCAACCUUGCAUACUUGAGAUCUCGGAUCAAGGACUGCGCAUGGUCGACCGAUCACGGAACAAAAAGUCGAAGGGCCCUUGCAUAGACUACUUCUACUCGCUGAAGAACGUCUCGUUUUGUGCGUUCCACCCGCGGGAUCACCGCUAUAUCGGCUUCAUCACGAAGCACCCGACGGUGCAGCGGUUCGCGUGUCACGUGUUCCAAGGGACGGAAUCCACCAGGCCAGUGGCGGAAGCCGUCGGACGAGCGUUCCAGCGGUUCUACCAGAAGUUCAUAGAAACGGCAUAUCCGAUAGAAGACAUCUACAUAGACUAAAGGGCGCGUGGUGCGUCCCAUGAAUAAUUCCGACGCUGUAUGGGCGCUGUACACUCACCCACAGACACGAUAUAUCACACAAAAAUGAGUAUAUCCACGGGCACGGAACAGUCUGUCACGCACCGCACCGGGGUCUGAUGCACGUUCGGUAGCGAUCCUGAGAAUUUGUGUUCAGUUCCAAACGAUGUCCUGCGUGUUUCGUUUGUGGCACAGCGUCACCUAGGGGUGGGGUUUCGUUUUAAAUUCUGUACAGUUACUAGCACCAGUACCGUAGGACGUUAUUUUUUAGGACAUUUCGCACCGGCGUUAGAGACUUCUUCUAAACGCUCGUCGAGCUACGAACGCAACCAAAGACGAAUAAAUGUUAGAGACACGGCCCUAGGCACCCGCGGCUACGGCUUCGUUAGUAGUUUGUGUUGUUCUGUUUCUGUCUUUAGCUAAAAUCAAAUGGAAAUCAACAGAGAAGAAACAAAUAUGGUGCUUUUCGGCGGAAAAUGCUACACGGUUUUCGUGUUGCAUUUCAAGUUCUUUCUUGAUUCGUGUCAGCAUUUUUCUUUUGCGAUUGGAUAUUUACGACACGCUGUGGUAGGGUUAAAACGGGAAGGCAAAAUUAAGCAUAACACUAAAGUAAACCUAAAACAAAAGAAAGCAUAUACAACAAACUCCUUCACGCACCCGGACCGAGGUGGAGACACUGACUCGCGCGCUUUCUGAUGGCUUUGUACAUUUUGUAACAAUUUUUUGGAGGAUGCAGCAACGUUUCGCUUUUUUGCAAACGAAUAGUAACGGGGCCGCGUAGAGAGCACAACGGUAGCAGCUAGAGUAGCGACUAGACAAAAACAAAAUGACGGGGAUCGAUUUUUCUGUGCGAUGCUCAAGGGAUGUUUUCGUUUUUUCGUUGGUUCUUGUUUGAAUCCGGGGCAUCCGACUAUGGACUAGCGCGAUAAUACGCUUGUGAUUGGGAUACUCAUGAAAGCAGCAAUAUCUCGUACGUAGGAAAGGAAGCACUAGUUUUGGUUUCUUGUAGAUGUAGGGAGCGAUCAAUCGGAUUGAUCGACAUCCCAUUGGAGGCAUUUUGCAUCGAUUGGGCAAUCCUUCAUAUCGGGCGAAUGGAGCUCCAUUCCCACAUGCUUCCAGUGAUGUACCGCUCUCGAAGGCCACCCAGGCUAAUGAUAUUCGAAGAACCGAGUUCUCCUGGAGCUCUGGGCUUACACCUUCAAACGGGUUUGAUCGCAAUUGUGUUCCACCGUAGAAAAACGGUGAAAAAAAGAAAGGCAAACAAACGUUAGUAGCUUUUCCCAACUUCAGACAUAAACACACUAAAGAUAAGAAAAAAGAAAACUUUUCCGCUAAACUACGCGACAUCACUCUUUCUCUUCUCUAUGCUCUAUGCUCGUUGACCAUUUUCGUUUUCGCCUGUACAUAUGGUAGAUAAAAGAAAGGCUGUCGGGAAGAGGGUAAGAAAGCAGAUCAAACAGCAACUAUACGCGUGAUGGGAUUAAAUGAUGGAAGAAUCUAUAUUUAUAGCACUGAGAAAAGAGAAACAAAAACUAAACCAGCUUGCAUGAAAGGGAUAAAGAGCCCGCGAGGAAGGAUGGCUUUCAAAGUAGAAAAGAACGUACACAGAGAAAGGAGUUGUAGAGCCGCUUUUCUUCUUGAAUCUCAUUCAAUACAUAAAACCCGUACUACUCCGCUGAGGGCGCAGUUUUUUCAAGCCCUGGCGUAAACGUUAAUAAACCAAAAGUAACAACCUCUCUCACCCUUCGAAAGGGAUAAAUGCUGAACAAAGGCUGCGCUUUAUCGUUCGUUUACUUUCGUGUACUCUACUGAUUCCAACACCCAAAAAAAACGUAAGAUCACGCAUCAACCCGUGGCACGCAGAUCGGCUUUUGAUUUUGAUCCUUUCGAUCGCUCGGUGAUCCUUGUCCGCUGCGAGCCAGUGAGCGAUGGUGAAAGAAAGAAAAAUAGAAAGGCUAGCACUGAUCCUUUUUCCAGCAGGCACCAGAACACACAAUACAUUUGCUAGUUAAAUCGAUCAUUAUUACAUCUGCUACACUAAAUAAUGUUCUUCAGUGACACGUAGUUGGGCCACCAUCGUGAAUUUAUGGCCACGGUGGGAAAACAAUAAAAACAAAACUAUACAACAAAAAAAAACGCAAAAUCACAAGCAAACAUAACAAAAAAACAUGGUGAAACAAACUAACACUCGUUGUCGUUCUACUAUACUCAUUCGGGUCGGAAGGCUAAUGACAAAAAUUGUACCAAGAAAAAAAAAAAAGAAACGUGAAGCUAAACACACAGAUUGGAUUGCGAAGCAUUUACACGAAUAUAA